UGCACUUGGAUGGGAUGUUGACAAGGAGGGGAGCAGAUCAACUAUGCGGCUGAUUUAUAACCCAGCAACUGAUUCUUGUGAGUACUCACCGGAGGUGUGUGAGCCUACCCACACAGCGGUGAAAAUUGGAUGUGUUCAGAACUGCGUUGGUUGGCCUGAUGGCGACUAUGAGCUGUGUGGCGAGCAAUGCAAUGGGUUCUACGCCUCCUGCUCUAAUCAAAACAUGCAUCCAAUGGCGUGCCCAGAAGGAUACGUGGAGCUUGAGAACGGUGAGACUAACCUGACUAGGUUGAACUUCAACAAGCUGACCAAAACUUGUGAAGAUAUUAAAGUCGAAUGUCAUGGUGAUUCGUACAAUACUCUUUGGUCGACAAAUGCUGGAAACAGACUAAGUCCGCCUUGGAUCCUUGUUCGCUUGCUGAUAAAAACAGCAACAGCGCUCCUCUACUUCUUUGCUUUAUAAAAAUGUACCUGGUUCAAAUCGAAGUCUGACAUCCCAUGUGGAGAUGAGAAUCUGAUUGUUUUUAAUGUUGAAAAAUGAUAUGAAAUGCUUACACUGUUUUUGUUCAGUGGUGUUUUUU